UGUAGGAAAGAAAAGAGGGAGGGAUGGAGGGUGUGGUGAUGUAUAAAACAACCCUUACAUCUCAACCUCCACCACUCUCUCUCUCUCCAUACACUCACUUUUCCCUUUGUUUUCUCAUUCCCCACAAUUCUUCCUACAUCUCGUCACCAUGUCUGGGAUCCAGCAGGCCAUGUCUCUCCUCAUCGCCUCCUUCCACAAGUACUCUGGGAAGGAGGGUGACAAGUUGACCCUCAGCAAGGCCGAGCUGAAAGAGCUGCUCCAGGCUGAACUAGGGGAGAUGCUUGGGAAAGCCAGUGACAAGUCAGCAGUGGACAGAAUCUUCAAGGACCUGGACUCUAACAAAGACAACACUGUUGACUUCAAGGAGUAUGUCACCCUCGUGUCCUGCCUCACAGUGAUGUGCAAUGAGUUCUUCAUAAAGAAGUAGAGCACGUCCACCACCUAGUGGCCAUGAUACAAAACUGCAGGAGGAGACCACUCAAUUUACAGAGAUUAAACAGCGAAGCAGUCUAGAGUAGUAAUACUGCAGUAAUAUAUAAUAGACAGGUUGAAUCUGGGAAGUUGUCCUUGUAAUGCAAAGUCCAUCGAUAAAGAAAUUAGAUGAGUAUGUU